AUGCGGCCCCGCCACCUCGAUUUCACUGCAGGAGCUGCUCCACCGCAAUCCCCGCAACCCGCGCAACCCGCGCAACCCGCGCAAUCUCCGCAACCCUCGCAACCCGCGCAAUCUCCGCAACCCUCGCAACCCGCGCAAUCUCCGCAACCCUCGCAACCCGCGCAAUCCCCGCAACCCUCGCAACCCUCGCAACCUUCGCAAUCGGCGCAGCAGGCGGCGCUGCAGUCUCGACAGCCGCAGGAACAGUCGCCGCAUUUGUCGCUAGACGCACCAUUCGCAGACCUGGCGAACCCUGAGGGCGCACGGAGAAGGCAGGCUGUGGCGGCGGAUUCAGCAGCGCGCAUGGCAGGCGGUGAUGAUGUGCGGGAAGCAAGCGAAAAACAACAACAGGAGCAGCAGCAGCAGCAGCAGCAGCAGCAGCAGCAGCAGCAGCAGCAGCAGCAGCAGCAGCAGCAGCAGCAGCAGCAGCAGCAGCAGCAGCAGCAGCAGCAGCAGCAGCAGCAGCAGCAGCAGCAGCAGCAGCAGCAGCAGCAGCAGCAGCAGCAGCAGCAGCAGCAGCAGCAGCAGCAGCAGCAGCAGCAGCAGCAGCAGCAGCAGCAGCAGCAGCAGCAGCAGCAGCAGCAGCAGCAGCAGCAGCAGCAGCAGAUGGGAGUAGCAGCGGGUCAUGGGUUGCUGCACAGCCAGAGCGUGCAGGAAAUGUUGCAACCUCCGCUGCCCUUGCCCGUGCCUGCGCCCGCGCCUGCAGGCGGGUCGGCACGUGAAGAGAGCAUGGCACCCCUGCUCACCCCACCAGCAGCGGGUGCAGCAGCAGCAGCAGCAGCAGCAGCCACGCACACAGCAGGAGCAGCCCCAGCGUCAUCACCAGCAUCGCUCCUAGCAGCAGCAUCCCCAGCAGCAGCAGCGCAGGCGGCAGUGCUGGGAGUGCCGUCUGCGCAGUGCGUGCCCAUGCCAGCGGGCAUGGCCAUGGGUGUGCCUGUGCCCGUCGCCGUGCCCGUCUCUCUGCCAGCCCCCCUACCGCCCGCCCUGCCCCUGCUGCCGUCCUCCUCGCCCUUCACCACUCCUCUCCGUCUCUCUCAUCUUCGCUGCUGCCCCUCACUCACCCCUCGUACCGCAUGCAUCUUGCACUCUCUCACUCACCCGCCAUGCAACCCCGCCUCGCCCUCCCUGCGUGCCCCACGCCGCCCCUGCGUGCGUGUGUGUGUGCCACACAGGGGCAGCAGGAAGCCACGGGCAGACAAGAAGGACGCGGCCACGGCAGCAGCCGUGCUGGCAGCGGCGGCGGCACGGGAGGCAGCGGGGGGUCCCGGGGAAGGCACGCCUCCGCGCAAGCGCUCGUGUAACUGCCGCAACUCGCGCUGCCUCAAGCUCAGUGGGGCAGGACUCUGCCUCUCAUGUGCUGCCUCUCUUGUGCUGCCUCUCUUGUGCUGCCUCUCAUGUGCUGCCUCUCUUGUGCUGCCUCUCUGGUGCUGCCUCUCAUGUGCUGCCUCUCUUGUGCUGCCUCUCUUGUGCUGCCUCUCUUGUGCUGCCUCUCUUGUGCUGCCUCUCAUGUGCUGCCUCUCUUGUGCUGCCUCUCUUGUGCUGCCUCUCAUGUGCUGCCUCUCUUGUGCUGCCUCUCUUGUGCUGCCUCUCUUGUGUUGCCUCUCUUGUGCUGCCUCUCUUGUGCUGCCUCUCAUGUGCUGCCUCUCUUGUGCUGCCUCUCUUGUGCUGCCUCUCUUGUGCUGCCUCUCUUGUGCUGCCUCUCUUGUGCUGCCUCUCUUGUGCUGCCUCUCUUGUGCUGCCUCUCUUGUGCUGCCUCUCUUGUGCUGCCUCUCUUGUGCUGCCUCUCAUGUGCUGCCUCUCUUGUGCUGCCUCUCUUGUGCUGCCUCUCAUGUGCUGCCUCUCUUGUGCUGCCUCUCUUGUGCUGCCUCUCUUGUGCUGCCUCUCUUGUGCUGCCUCUCAUGUGCUGCCUCUCUUGUGCUGCCUCUCUGGUGCUGCCUCUCAUGUGCUGCCUCUCUUGUGCUGCCUCUCUUGUGCUGCCUCUCUUGUGCUGCCUCUCUUGUGCUGCCUCUCAUGUGCUGCCUCUCUUGUGCUGCCUCUCUUGUGCUGCCUCUCAUGUGCUGCCUCUCUUGUGCUGCCUCUCUUGUGCUGCCUCUCUUGUGUUGCCUCUCUUGUGCUGCCUCUCUUGUGCUGCCUCUCAUGUGCUGCCUCUCUUGUGCUGCCUCUCUUGUGCUGCCUCUCUUGUGCUGCCUCUCUUGUGCUGCCUCUCUUGUGCUGCCUCUCUUGUGCUGCCUCUCUUGUGCUGCCUCUCUUGUGCUGCCUCUCUUGUGCUGCCUCUCUUGUGCUGCCUCUCUUGUGCUGCCUCUCUUGUGCUGCCUCUCUUGUGCUGCCUCUCAUGUGCUGCCUCUCUUGUGCUGCCUCUCUUGUGCUGCCUCUCUUGUGCUGCCUCUCAUGUGCUGCCUCUCUUGUGCUGCCUCUCUUGUGCUGCCUCUCUUGUGCUGCCUCUCAUGUGCUGCCUCUCUUGUGCUGCCUCUCUUGUGCUGCCUCUCUUGUGCUGCCUCUCUUGUGCUGCCUCUCUUGUGCUGCCUCUCUUGUGCUGCCUCUCUUGUGCUGCCUCUCAUGUGCUGCCUCUCAUGUGCUGCCUCUCAUGUGCUGCCUCUCUUGUGCUGCCUCUCAUGUGCUGCCUCUCAUGUGCUGCCUCGCAUGUGCUGCCUCUCAUGUGCUGCCUCUCAUGUGCUGCCUCUCUUGUGCUGCCUCACUUGUGCUGCCUCUCUUAUGCUGCCUCUCUUUUGCUGCCUCUCUUGUGCUGCCUCUCUUGUGCUGCCUCUCUUGUGCUGCCUCUCAUGUGCUGCCUCUCUUGUGCUGCCUCUCUUGUGCUGCCUCUCAUGUGCUGCCUCACUUGUGCUGCCUCUCAUGUGCUGCCUCUCUUGUGCUGCCUUUCUUGUGCUGCCUCUCUUGUGCUGCCUCUCUUGUGCUGCCUCUCUUGUGCUGCCUCUCUUGUGCUGCCUCUCUUUUGCUGCCUCUCUUGUGCUGCCUCUCUUGUGCUGCCUCUCUUGUGCUGCCUCUCAUGUGCUGCCUCUCUUGUGUUGCCUCUCUUGUGCUGCCUCUCAUGUGCUGCCUCUCAUGUGCUGCCUCGCAUGUGCUGCCUCUCAUGUGCUGCCUCUCUUGUGCUGCCUCACUUGUGCUGCCUCUCUUAUGCUGCCUCUCAUGUGCUGCCUCUCUUGUGCUGCCUCUCUUGUGCUGCCUUUCAUGUGCUGCCUCUCUUGUGCUGCCUCUCUUGUGCUGCCUCUCUUGUGCUGCCUCUCUUGUGCUGCCUCUCUUGUGCUGCCUCUCUUGUGCUGCCUCUCUUGUGCAGCCUCUCUUGUGCUGCCUCUCAUGUGCUGCCUCUCUUGUGCUUCCUCUCUUGUGCUGCCUCUCUUGUGCUGCCUCUCUUGUGCUGCCUCUCUUGUGCUGCCUCUCUUGUGCUGCCUCUCUUGUGCUGCCUCUCUUUUGCUGCCUCUCUUGUGCUGCCUCUCUUGUGCUGCCUCUCUUGUGCUGCCUCUCAUGUGCUGCCUCUCUUGUGCUGCCUCUCUUGUGCUGCCUCUCUUGUGCUGCCUCUCUUGUGUUGCCUCUCUUGUGCUGCCUCUUUUGUGCUGCCUCUCUUGUGCUGCCUCUCUUGUGCUGCCUCUCUUGUGUUGCCUCUCUUGUGCUGCCUCUUUUGUGCUGCCUCUCUUGUGCUGCCUCUCUUGUGCUGCCUCUCUUGUGCUGCCUCUCUUGUGCUGCCUCUCUUGUGCUGCCUCUCUUGUGCUGCCUCUCUUGUGCUGCCUCUCUUGUGCAGCCUCUCUUGUGCUGCCUCUCAUGUGCUGCCUCUCUUGUGCUGCCUCUCUUGUGCUGCCUCUCUUGUGCUGCCUCUCUUGUGCUGCCUCUCUUGUGCUGGCUCUCUUGUGCUGCCUCUCUUGUGCUGCCUCUCUUGUGCUGCCUCUCUUGUGCUGCCUCUCUUGUGCAGCCUCUCUUGUGCUGCCUCUCAUGUGCUGCCUCUCUUGUGCUUCCUCUCUUGUGCUGCCUCUCUUGUGCUGCCUCUCUUGUGCUGCCUCUCUUGUGCUGCCUCUCUUGUGCUGCCUCUCUUGUGCUGCCUCUCUUUUGCUGCCUCUCUUGUGCUGCCUCUCUUGUGCUGCCUCUCUUGUGCUGCCUCUCAUGUGCUGCCUCUCUUGUGCUGCCUCUCUUGUGCUGCCUCUCUUGUGCUGCCUCUCUUGUGUUGCCUCUCUUGUGCUGCCUCUUUUGUGCUGCCUCUCUUGUGCUGCCUCUCUUGUGCUGCCUCUCUUGUGUUGCCUCUCUUGUGCUGCCUCUUUUGUGCUGCCUCUCUUGUGCUGCCUCUCUUGUGCUGCCUCUCUUGUGCUGCCUCUCUUGUGCUGCCUCUCUUGUGCUGCCUCUCUUGUGCAGCCUCUCUUGUGCUGCCUCUCAUGUGCUGCCUCUCUUGUGCUGCCUCUCUUGUGCUGCCUCUCUUGUGCUGCCUCUCUUGUGCUGCCUCUCUUGUGCUGCCUCUCUUGUGCUGCCUCUCUUGUGCUGCCUCUCAUGUGCUGCCUCUCUUGUGCUGCCUCUCUUGUGCUGCCUCUCUUGUGCUGCCUCUCUUGUGUUGCCUCUCUUGUGCUGCCUCUUUUGUGCUGCCUCUCUUGUGCUGCCUCUCUUGUGCUGCCUCUUGUUGAAAGAGAGAAUUGA